AUUAGUCCGUUAAAAUUGAUUUCAAUAUUUAAAACAUUAGUAGUAUUAGUAUUAACAUUUUUAAAAAAUUCGUAUUGUAUUUCUUACUUAAGAAGUACAAAUUAUAUAGUCGGAUAUAUUUCGCCUUAGAAAGGGUAUAAGUGCAGUGGCACGCGCCAACAGCGAAGAGAAAACAAAAGAAAUCAAGCAAAGGGGUGAGAGGAAGACUUGGUGCAUUUGCAUUCUAAUUUGAGUGAUUGCAAAAGAAGGAUCGAUUUCAAUUGUGCGCAUCAGGCAUCAGCUUAACUAAAACGUGUUUUAAAGUUGAAAUUAUAAACCCAGUAUGUCUCAACCUGAAUCAAAAAUUCGUCGUGUCCAGUUUGAUGUGGAGGAAACCCCAUCGGUCUCUAAUUCAACUGAACGACAAAUAUCAGAGUUGAAAGAAGAGGUUCUCCAAAACCGCAAGGAGAUUUCUAUUGUGUCUCAGAAGUUGGACAUAUUGGUGGAAAAACUGGCGGAAAACACCGCACUUUUAAAAGUAUCAGUGGAUCCUGAGAAAGAGAUUUCGGGCGCGGUACAAUUUCCGCUUAAAACAGAAGAGGAACUUAACGAGUUCGAAAAUUCGUUGACGCCGGAACUUAUCGGCUUUUACGCAAGUAUCGAGCAAGGCCGACUUGUUUUUGCAUUUUUAUGUUUCUUUUUUAUAUCUAUUUGCAGACAAAGAAAAUAUCAAAAAUAAUUGGGAGCGAACCGCUGUCAAAGCGGUUCAAACUGAUUAUAGCAGAAGACAUUAUCAAUGCCUACAAUUUGGACGGGUCCAACGGGAAAAAGUCCCUCAGAUGCCGUAUAGGGUUAUACGGAGUUCUUAAAGGAGCGUUGGCCAAGGACUCCGAGGACCCGGACAAAUCGUUAAGAAAGGCAAUGACAAAUGUGAAAAAUAAACUUACCAAGCAAAAACACAGAAAUAAUAACUGUACAAUUUUCGAAAAUCUUAAUAAUACAGUAUAAUUAAAAUUAAAUAAAAUGAA